GUGCCGUUCGUUCAAGGCAAACCAAAACAAUAACACUUUCGAAAUUACGAAAAAAAAAAUAAAUCGAAAAUUUUUUGAAAAAUUAUGGAGAUCGCUAACGCGGUAUUGGGGCGAAGCAGCGCGGGAGCCCCACGCAGUAUGCGUAUCAUGGAGGGCGUGGGAGCCAGGAUAAUCCGAGGACCGAACUGGAAAUGGGGCAAACAGGAUGGCGGAGAAGGCCAUGUGGGCACAGUUCGGAAUUUCGAAUCCCCAGACGAGGUGGUUGUGGUCUGGGACAAUGGUACUGCCGCAAAUUAUAGAUGCUCGGGACAGUACGACUUGAGAGUCUUGGACAGCGCCCCCACCGGGAUAAAACACGAGGGCACCAUGUGCGACACUUGCAGGCAACAACCCAUUUUCGGGAUUCGAUGGAAAUGUGCGGAGUGCGUCAAUUAUGAUCUUUGCUCCAUGUGCUAUCACGGAGACAAGCAUAAUUUGAGACAUCGUUUCUAUCGGAUCACCGCUCCCCGUCGCGAGCGUUUCUACUUAGAACCCAGAAGAAAAACGAAAAAAAUCGCAGUUAAAGGCCUAUUUCCUGGCGCAAGGGUCGUCAGAGGUGUCGAUUGGCAAUGGGAGGACCAAGACGGUGGAAACGGCAGAAGGGGCAAAGUCCAGGAGAUCCAAGAUUGGUCGGCAGCUAGCCCAAGGUCCGCCGCCUACGUAGUCUGGGAUAAUGGCUCAAAGAAUCUUUAUAGAGUGGGAUUCGAAGGCAUGGCCGAUUUGAAAGCCUUAAACGAAGUUAAGGGCUUUAACGUCUAUAGAGAUCACUUGCCGUGUUUGGGAGAACAAGGUGCGAGUCCAAGACCGGUCGGGUUUAAGAUCGGCGAUCAAGUUACCGUCGAUUUGGAGCUGGAGAUUGUUCAGUCUCUCCAGUAUGGUCAUGGAGGUUGGGUCGACGGGAUGUGUGAGUGUUUAGAAUGUGUUGGAACGGUAGUAGGAAUCGACGAAGAUCACGACAUCGUGGUUUCCUACCCAAGCGGUGACAAUUGGACCUUUAAUCCGGCAGUUUUGACGAAGGUGGCGACUCCACCUAACUCGGCGGGACUCAACGAAACUCCCCAACCACAAUUCGCCGUGGGCGACGUGGUGCAGAUUUGCGCCGACGCAGAGAGGGUGAAAAUGUUGCAAAAAGGCCACGGGGAUUGGACUGAAGGGAUGGCCGUGACCCUCGGAAAAGUCGGACACGUCCAACAAAUCUAUAACGACAACGACCUAAAAGUGGAAGUGUGCAAUACUACCUGGACCUACAAUCCUCUAGCAGUCACAAAAAUUGCCAGCAAAGACGAUACAGGCAAUACUUAUGGCGAAAGACUAAGUGCCUUAUUGAAGAAACUCUUUGAGACUCACGUAUCCGGCGACGUCAAUGAGGAAUUAGUAAAAUCUGCCGCCAAUGGGGACGCGCAAAAGUGUGAGGAGGUUUUAAAACAAGCGAAUACCGCCGGGGCGGGAAUCGGACCGGAUGUUAAUGGCGUUUUUUCAGGCCAUACUGCCCUACAAGCGGCGUCCCAAAACGGCCACCUGGAAGUGAUAACGGUCCUUCUACGGUUUCACGCCGACGUAGAAAUCGAAGACAAAGACGGGGAUCGUGCGGUCCAUCACGCGGCUUUCGGCGACGAACCGGCGGUCGUGCAGCUACUCGCGCACGCGGGCGCAGAUUUAAACGCGCGUAAUAAACGUCGACAAACCGCGCUACAUAUCGGUGUUAAUAAAGGACAUAUCGGUGUCGUUAAAAUGAUGCUUGAUCUCGGGUGUCAUCCCAGUUUACAGGAUCUUGAAGGUGACACCCCUUUGCACGACGCGAUAUCGAAAAAACGCGAAGAUAUGCUGACUCUGCUUCUGGACCACAACGCUGACAUCACGCUGACCAACAGCAAUGGUUUCAAUGUGCUGCAUUUUGCUGCUCUACGUGGAAAUCCAAGCGCUAUGAAGAUUCUGCUCUCCAAACUGCCCAGACCUUGGAUGGUGGACGAGAAAAAGGACGAUGGCUAUACCGCCCUUCAUCUGGCAUCCCUUAAUAACCACGUAGAAGUAGCGGAACAACUUGUGCUACAAGGCAAAGCGGAUAUGGAUGUGCAGAAUAUCAAUCUACAAACCGCUUUACAUUUGGCUGUAGAAAGGCAGCAUACGCAAAUCGUGAGGCUUUUGGUACGCGAAGGUGCUAACCUAAACAUAGCAGACAAAGAUGGCGAUACGCCGUUGCACGAAGCCUUAAGGCAUCACACAUUAUCCCAACUGCGUCAGCUUCAGGAUGUCCAGGACGUAGGCAAGUUACUUAUGGGUCUCGGCACCCAAGGGUCCGACAAGAAAUCUUCGGCCAGCAUCGCGUGCUUUUUAGCCGGCAAUGGUGCUGAUUUAACUAUUAAAAAUAAGAAAGGUCAAACUCCACUAGACCUUUGCCCAGACCCGAAUCUCUGCAAGACCUUGACGAAAUGUCACAAGGAAAAGCAGAGCGGCGAAAUGGACAUGGGUCCGCACCAAAACACUCCGAACUCAAACGUCACUUUGACCCUCGAGGAAUGUUUGGUUUGUUCUGACGGCAAAAGAGACAUUUUGUUUCAGCCCUGUUGUCACGUAACCUGCUGCUCAGCCUGCGCGCCUCGAGUUAAAAAAUGCUUGAUUUGUCGUGAAUCAAUCACCGGCAGAAUUAAGAUUGAAGAAUGCAUGGUCUGCUCCGAUAAGAAAUCUUCGGUUUUAUUCAAACCUUGCGGGCAUAUGUGCGCAUGCGAGAGUUGCGCGCGAAUCAUGAAGAAGUGCGUCAUGUGUCAUGCGCAGAUCGAGCUUAUAGUGCCCUUGAAAGUCUGCAGCGGUGGAUUGGGGACCAUAUCUGAAGUCAAGGCUGACGUUGAAGAACCGGUGAAGCCCCAACAGCCUGCCCCCAGUGCCGAUAUUCUUCCGCCUCAGCCCCAAGGACCCAUUAUGAAUAACGGUGGCAGGGAUACUACUAGUAACAACGAUAUUCAGAAGUUGCAGCAGCAGUUGCAGGAUAUUAAGGAGCAGACCAUGUGCCCAGUAUGCCUCGACAGACUGAAAAACAUGAUCUUCCUAUGCGGACACGGACUAUGCCAGAUGUGCGGCGAUCAAAUGGCGGAAUGCCCGAUUUGUAGAAAGGCUGUAGAAAAACGUAUCCUGUUGUAUUGAGACGAAAUAUGCUUCUUAGAAUACAUUUUUACAGUGCGUUUUGGAAUUAAUUGUUUAGGAGCAACAUUACUAUAUUAUAAUAAUUUUUUUAAAGAAUAAUUAGAUAUUCUAGCUUCCCACACGCACUGUAUAAAAUCAGGUAGGUAUAUUUUAUUUGUUUAUUAAUAUUUUACACUAUUUAUCAAAGCAGUAAAGUUAUGUAAUAGGUUUAGGUUAUGGAAAGCAUGUUACUGACGAUACAAUGACAAUUUAUAGACCGAAAUUUGUUGAAGCGAGUUGUAAGCAUUUGUGGCGUAUAAGUCAGUACAUCUGUAAGGUCUGUUUUGAAUGACAGUGAUUUAAAAAAAACCUGAUAAGACCAAUAUUAGGCUACAAAAGGGGCCUAUUUAACUUUAUUCUCGAUAGGGUUCAUGUCGGGCAAAUUUCCUGGCCAGUCGAGAAUAUCUACUUUUUUUUUAAGCUAAACAUGUUGUAAUUCUUUGUGCACUAUUUCGUUUCUUGAACCAUUUUUCCCCAGAGAGAGCAUGGAAACUUUCUAAUAUUUUCGGCAUUCAUUGUACCUUCGACAACAUAAAGGCCCUCCGGUCCCAAAAACCGAAGGAGUAUGUUUAACGGUCAGCACAAUGUAGUCUGGUUUAUAUUUAUCGUAUGAUCUUCGCUGAACGAACUGUUAUUUGUAGACUAAUACUUUUUGUCCGAAAAACACACCUCUCGAAUAUCAUAGAAUUUAGACUUAAAUCUAAUAUCUACGUCCAAUAAGACUCUCUUUUGCUAAUCUCCGGCCUAGACCAAGGUCUACUUUUUGUUUUAUAAGUUGUACAGAACUUAAAAAAAUUCCCACAAUUCGGCAGCUGUUACUAGCGACAAAUCAGACACUUUUCCCAUUCUGAAGUGAUUUUCACAUAACACGAAUUUAAAAUACAGUGCAUUUUUUUUAUCUCGGGUCAUAGGGUUUUACGUGUAAUAUUUUCAACCCCAUGUCAGAACCUGUUCUAUUUAAUCGAUAGGAUUGAAACUUGGAACAAGUGAAGUUUAAGUUAACAGACUUUAAAAAAUCCCAUUAUUUUGCAAACAAAUUUACGAGAAAACUUUUUAAAAUACGUUUUUCUGAUGAAAAAGUUUGCUUUUUCUGUACCUCGUAACCUUCAUUUUCUUACACUUCAAAGCAGGUAGACAAAUAUCUGACAGUGACACAAAAUAAUUUCCUCAAAAUCUCAAAAAUAUAUUUUCAAAAAUUAACAAUAAACAAAUGAAACCUUUCAAAUAAAUUGUUCAAAGUGACCUCCAAAUUGAGCCAAACAAAAGCCCGGACAGUUGUAGAAAUGUCGUAACAUUUAGGAGCUGCCGGGGAGUAAUGGUACGCGAAGCCUCGAUAAUUCUAUUACGAAGAUCUUCGAUAUUUUUGGGUCUGCCUCUAACAAUAUCAAACACUUUCGAUGAUAGAUAGCCCCAAUAAAAGUUAUCUAAAGGCGAAAGUUUGGGGCUUCGCGCCGGCCAUUUAGAUGGCCCAAAACGUCCAAUCCAGCGUCCUGGGAACGUGGCAUUCAAAAACAGUCGCUGCACUAUGAGCGGGGGCUCCAUCAUGUUUAAAAAUUAUCCUGCCAUUUUGAACAGCGUUUCCUAAUGCGGGAAUGACCUGCACCUGAAGUAGUUCUAAAUAUUUUGCAGUAUUCAGGCUACCCUCUAUGAAAAAUGGUCCAAUUAUUCGAUCUCCAAGAAUUCCUGCCCACACGUUAAGUUUCUGUCUUGUUUGGGUAUGCGUUUCCUGGAUGACGUGAGGAUUUUCUCGCGCCCAUAUUCGAGUAUUUUGUUUGUUGACUGUACCAUUUGUACAGAAAGUACUUUCGUCUGAAAAUAGUAUUUUGUUUGUAAUUGUGGGGUCGUUGUUAAUUCGUUCCAUCCACUGUUCACAAAACUGCAUUCUAAGAAAAUAAUCAUUAGGCAAGAGUUCUUGAACAUUUCUCGAACACUACUCCUACUUUUUCCGGUAACUUCAGCAAACUGAGUAAGACUGUUUGUUGGAUUUUCUUCAAUGUCCAAGCAUACCUCCAUUUUAAAUUCUUCGUCUACUACAGUUUCGGUUCUUUUUCGUUUUAAGUGAGAACUGGAGAUGCAUCCAAUCGUAAUAAAUUUUUCAAGAAAUCGUUGUACAGUUGAUCUAGACGGGACGGGGCGGUUAGGAUAAGACACGGCAAAAUUAUCUACCACUUCUUGCGCCGACAUUCCUCUAAUGUAGUUUGAAACCAUCUCAAUACGUUCCUCCGUAGUGUAAAUCGACAUUUUAAAUGAGUUUUUGAACAAUUUCAAUGGAGCAAUUUAAAAAUUAUUUUGUGUCACUGUCAGAUAUUUGUCUACCUGCUUUGAAGUGUAAAGGUAAUGAAGGUUACGAGGUGCAGAAAAAGCAAACUUUUUCAUCAGAAAAACGUAUUUUACCGUUUAUUUUGCGAGGAACCUAUUCCUCGCAAAUUUUUUUGCAAAAUAAUGGGAUUUUUUAAAGUCUGUUAACUUAAACUUCACUUGUUCCAAGUUUCAAUCCUAUCGAUUAAAUAGAACAGGUUCUAACAUGGGGUUGAAAAUAUUACACGUAAAACCCUAUGACCCGAGUUAAAAAAAAAAUGCACUGUAUAUAAUUUGACAUGUUGUUUUGACAACAAUACACUUACCUGAAAAUUUAUUUAAUUGAAAUAGUUCAACUUCUUCAAACGUAACGUAAAAUUGGAAUAGCACUGUCAAACUGAAACUGUUUUCUUAUGGUAUGGUAGGUACCACCAACAAAAUGUUCAUAAUAACAAUAAGAAACAGGAAAAUAGGAGAUUUGCAGCAUGGAACUAAUAAUAUGGUAAUCUAAUGUCGACCUAAAACACUCUCACAACAAAGUUCAACAGGGUCAACAAUUGUUGCUUUAUCGUCAGAAAUACGUUUCUUUAUUAACAUUACGGUAGUCGAUAAAAGUAAUGAUUUGUUGUUCACAUUUUGACGGAUUAGGGCACUAAGAAAAACCCGAAGAAGCUGUAUUUUAUGACUAAUUAUAAGAAUAAUGCAACUAUUGGACAAUAUAUUAUAGGUACUUACUAUAAGUUCUAACAUCCUAGGAUCACAUUUUCCAAGAAAACGUUUUAACAAAAGGUUGACCCCAAGGUCAUUUCAAGAUCAAAUGAUUUUUGAACGAGUAUUGGUAUUUUUUUAUUCCUGAACCAUGAAGGGCAUUUUUCAUUUAUCUCAGUACUAGAAUUAUACGUAUCAACUUAAUGAACAAUUUAUUUACCUAAAAUUUAAUAAAUAAAUUACGAACACAUGUUUUGCCCUUCAUAAUUGCGGAAAUGAUCUCCUAGGGUUACUUCCAGUUUAAAAUUUUCCGCUCUUUUUAAUUCCAGAAUUAACAUAAGCGGUUCUUUUCUUUUCAACAAAAGUUGACUUUGAAAUGACGUAGGGCUCAAGAACAAGGUCACUAAAUUUUUAACCCUCUAAAGGGCCAAUUUUUAUUUUAUGAAAAAAAAUCAUAGGCGGGUAAAUUCAUAACAUAAAAAUGAAUUCGAGGCUUAAAAAAAGUUUAUCACAAGCCUUUAAAGCUUUGGGGAUGAAAAAACCUCCCCCAGUCUUAAGGCAGACCUGCCGACUAAAGUCAGGGUAAAAAAAGCGAAAUUAAACUUGAAAUGUAUAUUUUGUGCCUCAAUACAAAAAAAUAAGAUUAGUGUAACGCUUUAUUGUGUAUGAAACUCUUAAAAACACUUUUUAGUUGAGGAAAGGCACAAAUUUAAAUUGCAUUUAGUGCAAAAGAACUGAGUUUCAGCUUUACAUCCUUUGUUUUUACACAUCCUUUUACCGGAUCUAUCCAAAAGGUCGGGCAUGUGGUUCAAACCAUCAAAUCGGAUAUCUGGCUCGGGGAUAUAUGUCUUAGAUUUUUUUGCAGGUUGCAUUUCUUCCUGCUUCGAAGCAGAUGAAGGCCUGCCAGGAUGUUUUCUGACAGCAGCUACUUGUGCUCGAAACACUGGUAAAGGCGGCGAUUCUUUAUGAAUCCGUUUGUGUAGCAGAUAUGCGUUGACCAUAGCCAUGUCAAUAAAAUGAUAAAAUAGACGCAAUGUCCACUUGCUAGUCUUUAGGCGAAUAUGGUACCUUCCAAGUAAUCCAUCCAUUAGAUAAACUCCGCCCAUGUGAUAAUUAUAUUCACGUAUGAUGGCGGGGCAUUCAAUUUGCACGUACUUUUUUGCAGACCGAUCAUAUCUUGUUGCCUUUGAUGGUUGUUUAUCUUGGAGAGCACUUUUAAAGGAUAGUACCCCGACGUAUGUAGAAGCCAAACGCACAUUUUUGUUGUCCUUCCACAAUACAGUUGUCAAAUCUACACCGUGCGCAUUUCCCACAUACUCAACAGAAAAUCCCUUAUCUGCUGUAGCAAGCUGUUUAUCUUUUUCACUAGGCAAUUUACAAUUAGGAAUACGACCAGAACGAAUUGUCCCCAAGGAAUAAAUGCCUCGGCUUCUAAGAUAAAUAAGUAGUGGCAGUGUCGUAUAAAAAUUGCCAAAAUAUAAAAUAUGAUUGACAAAGUCAGGUAUUGUUUGAGAUAGCCGGACGACAACAUUUGCUGCUGCUACCAGAUUAGGCGUAUUGGGCAAAAUAACAUUGCUCCCUGCGCCAGUAAAGAUUUCGAAGGCGUAAGAAUAACCAUUGCUGUCACAUAGAACAAAUAGUUUGAACCCCCAUUUAUGGGGCUUUGCCGGCAUGUAUUGUCGCAAUGAACUGCGUUUCAUUUUAGUCGCGCACAUUUGCUCAUCUACGCAUAAACGAGGUAAUUUUGGAACUGUUUGAAAUAGUUCAUUUAAAUGUUUCACUAUCGGUUGGACUUUAUAUAAUGGAUCAAAUCCAGGUUGAUCCCGUUUUUUUUUCUUUUGAUUUAUCGUUGAAGUGAAGAUACUUUUAAAACUACUUUUAAACUUUACUACGUUUGAAAAUGUGUUGCAGAGUAGUUCUGUCCUGAUCGUUGGAGACUUCAACAUGUCAAUGGUAAGUUGGCGUACAAUUAUUAAUGAAUCGUUCUUUGAGUCAGUCCAACCUGGGAACAAGUUUUCGGAAGUUCUUGACAUGUUUUCUUAUCUUGAAUUUAAACAAUAUAAUUUUUUGAAAAAUUAUAAAAGUAAAAUACUAGAUUUAGUUCUUUGUAAUAGAGGCUUAGUAAGUAAUCUACAACAAUCUCUUAGCUGUUUAGUUAAAGAAAAUGCUAACCAUAAAGCAAUUGAAUUUGCUUGGUCAGUUUCUUGCAUGAGACCUCUCCGAGCCUCAAAUAAUAAAAUAUAUAACUUUAAAAAAGCUAAUUUCGAUAACAUAAAUCAAUCCUUAUCAGAAAUCAAUUGGAGUCAAUGUUUAACGGGCGCUCACGUAGAUGUCCUGGUGGACCAGUUUUAUCACAAAAUAGAACUAAUUAUAGAAAAAUUAGUUCCGGUGCGUAGAGUUAAAGGCAACUUUCCUAUCUAUUUUCGUUUCGAAACAAUCGCAGUAAUAAAAGAAAAAAUCAAACUCCAUAAAAAAUAUAAAAUAUACAGUGAUCGAGCUUCAUACGAUCGAUUUUGUGAGCUUAGAACCCUAUCUAAACAAAUGAUAAAAAAUGACUAUAAAGAGUAUAUAAAUAGCAUAGAAUCGAACAUUUUGGAAAAUACAAAGAAAUUUUGGGGUUUUGUUGGCAAUAAGAGAAAAAACAAUGUGUCUAUUCCACACGCCGUAAAAUUAGGUAAUAUUUCUGCAAAAGGUGGCAGGGAUGUAAGCAAUUUGUUUGCUCAAUCUUUUAAGAGUUUUUAUAAUACAUCAAAUCCAGCUGUUUUUAAUAAAAGUAAUAUUAAAAUAUAUGAAAUUUCAGAAAAUAAAAUCCUUGAGAUAUGUAAAAAUUUAGAUGUAAAUAAAAGUCCUGGGCCAGAUAAUAUUCCACCUAUCUUGGCAAGGAACUGCGCAAAUAGCUUGGUCAAGCCACUAGGCAUUAUAUUCAAUAAGUCGUUAAGAUCAGGAGUUUUUCCUCAAAAAUGGAAAUUAAGCGAAAUUUCACCAAUUUUUAAAAAUGGUGAUAGGGGAGACGUGACAAACUAUCGGCCCAUUAGCAAGUUAUGCAUUUUUGGCAAAAUCCUGGAAAAAAUUAUGUACGACACAAUUUUUCCGAGUGUAAAACAUAGAAUUAUUCAAGAACAGCAUGGUUUUUACCCUAAAAGAUCUCUUGAAACAAAUCUACUAUGCUUUUCAGAAUUUGUCACUAGAACAAUAGAUAACAAAGGUCAAGUGGAUGUGAUAUAUACCGACUUCAGUAAAGCAUUCGACAAAAUUGAUCCUGAAAUAUUAAUACAAAGGCUUGAAGAAGUCGAUGUUGAUCCUGUAAUAAUUAGAUUAUCCUGUUCCUAUAAUACAGGUAGAAAAAGUAGAGUAACUAUUGAUGGCCAUAAAUCCGAGUGGUUUGACAUAACAUCAGGUGUACCGCAAGGCAGUCACCUGGGUCCGUUGUUUUUUAUAAUAUAUAUAAAUUCAAUAAAAAAAUGUUUUAAACACUGUAAAAUAUUACUUUUUGCAGAUGAUUUGAAAAUCUACUUAAAAAUCGAGACCAUGGAUGACUGCCUCAAAAUCCAACAAGACCUUUUGCGCCUUGAACAAUACUGUCAGAAAAAUCGUCUCUUUCUAAAUUCUGCAAAGUGCUUUUGUAUUUCUUUUACAAAAAAUAUUACCAAAAUAAUAUCGCCUUACUCUAUAAAUAGCAGUAAUCUGAAACGAGUUGUACAGAUUAGAGAUCUGGGAGUAAUCCUGGAUGAAAAAUGGACUUUUAAAUCUCACAUUGAGCGAGUGGUAUGCGAGUCCAAUAAGAUGGCUGGUUUCAUAAAAAGAAAUUCAACGGAUUUUAAAAACCCAAAUUCAAUUAUCUCCUUAUAUAAUGCUUUUGUCCUCGGUAAACUUUCUUUUGCCUCAGUAAUAUGGAAUCCGAAGUACAAUGUAGACAUUACGCGCCUAGAGCGGGUACAAAAUAGGUUUCUAAAAUAUCUAGGAUUUAAGACCAAUAUGCCAAUAUACAACCAUAAUUAUACCAUUAUACGAGCCAAAUUUAAAUUUUUAACUCUUGAAUACAGAAGAAAUAUCACAGAUCUUUUUACGCUUUAUAAAAUAGUAAAUUGUCACGUCGAUUUACAUUAUCUUCUAUCUCACAUUAAUAUACGGAUACCAAGGCAAAAUGCAAGAAACCGAGACUUGUUUGCAGCUGAUUUUUAUCGAACCAACGUAGGACCGAACUUUCCACUUUCUAGAAUUCAAAAUGUUUUUAAUUUUUACAACAAUUUUCUGAAUUCGGAUAUUUUUGGAACGCCGAUAGGAUCCUACAAACGCCAAUUAAAAACCUACUUUUUAAAAAAGAUAGAAUAAUUUUAUUUUUGUUUAUUUAAUUCAGAACUUGUAACAGUUUACGCUCUAUUUAAUCUCAUUAGUGUAUUCAUCUAAAUUUCCCUUUUCUUUUUGAUUGUAUCGUAUUGACACGUAACAUGUAAAUUUAAGACAAUGUUUGGUAAACCUAUCAUAAGUUUGUUAUAUAUACACAGUGGAUGCUUUUUUGGUACUUGUGUACUAUUCGCAACCUGAACUUGUAAUAAAUAAAUAAAUACUUACGAAUCAUAAAGAAUCGUUUGGAUGUCAUUGCCGUACGAACUGGUUCAAAUGAAUAACGACCCCAGUAUUCUGUCGCAUUUGGAUAACGAUAUAUCGACAUAAAUAUCAAGAUGCCAAUGUACUUCCGGAUCUCAGCAGCAUUGGUAACAAAUGUUGUCUUGAUGUCGUACUGUCGAGCAUAUAAAUUUGUUUGU